CUCUUCCGGCGCUCACUCGGCAGCUGGCUCCGGUACAGCUCCUCCCUUCUGUGUGGUGGCUUCUCCGACCCAAAGAUCCUGGACGUGAACAGUUUCGCUGAGGAGCACUUUUCUCCCCCCACCCCCACCGACCCUGGACCCCCCCACUAAAGCAUCCAGACGGACUAUCGAGGCGUCACUUUCGUCCACACCGACCUGAGUGAAAGAGUUUGGUGUAAUCAGGUCUCCGCUCGUCCUUCACCCACCCGGAUCUCUGUCUGCGAUGGAGACUCGGGCUGGCUCGUGCCCAGGCUCGCGCCUCGUGUCUCUGGGUAUCUGGGUGCUGAUCGCCGCGCACACCCUGCCAACAGCCAGAGCGGAGAUCAGCUGCGUCUCCUGCCCGUUGCCUGUUCAGCUUAACCGGGAGGAGAUGCAGCCGGGAGCGCGCGACCUAAGGAGCAUCCGACUUGAGUUCAGGGAGCUCGGGAUUACCGAUCAGGACCUCGGGACGGACAGGGAACACAGUGAGGGUGUUUCUAGGGAGGACGCUCUGCAGUUCCAUCGCAGUUUAGAUGAAGUUCCGCUCGGGGACACACCAGAAGACCCCGCGCUCCGGAGAGCCAAAAGAAGCGAGUUUGACGACUUAAGCAACGGCGGGUGGACCGGUGCCGCUGGCGUGGAUGCAGGCGCGCCGGAGGACCGGGGCUCUAACGGGCAGAGGUCUGGAAGGUCCGAGUACAGGUGGAACAAGGACGACGGGAGAGGGAAUAACCGGCAGGACGAGCCCAAACUGAGCAGCAGCACCUUCUCUCUGACGGGGGACUCCGCGCACAACCACGCGGUGGUUUACUGGUCCGGACGGAACAGCAGCGUGAUCCUGAUCCUCACUAAACUGUACGACUUUCACAUGGGCAGCGUCACAGAGAGCACGCUUUGGAGAUCGACUGACUACGGAUCCACCUAUGAGAGGAUGAACGAUAAAGUUGGAACCAAGACCCUCCUCAGUUAUUUAUACGUGUGUCCAUCCAAUCGCUCUCAGAUUAUGGUGCUGACAGAUCCGGAGUUUGAAAGCAGCGUGCUCAUCAGCACUGACGAGGGUGCCAGUUACCAGAAGUACCGCCUCUCCUUCUUCAUCCUCAGUCUGUUAUUCCACCCGAUGGAGGAGGACUGGGCCUUAGCUUACAGCCACGACCAGAAGCUGUACAGCUCAGUAGACUUUGGGAGAAAAUGGCAGCUCAUCCACGAACACGUCACCCCGAACAGAUUCUACUGGUCGGUGGCAGGACUGGACAAAGAACCCGACCUGAUCCACAUGGAGGCGCACACGCCAGAUGGAAAUGUGCAGUAUGUCACAUGCAGAGCUCAGACGUGCACGGAAGCUAACAGGAACUACCCGUUCCCGGGAUACAUCGACAUCAGCUCUCUGGUGGUUCAGGACGACUACAUCUUCAUACAGGUUCCUACUUCAGGACGGGCGACCUAUUACGUGUCGUACAAGAGAGACUCAUUUAUUCAAAUCAAACUGCCCAAAUAUUCCCUGCCGAAGGAUUUACACAUCGUCAGCUCGGACGAGAAGCAGGUAUUCGCAGCGGUGCAGGAGUGGAACCAGAACGACACCUACAACCUCUACCUGUCCGACACCAGAGGGAUCUUCUUUACCUUGGCCAUGGAGAAUGUCAAAACCACCAGAGGCAUCGGUGGAAACCAGAUGCUGGACCUGUAUGAGGUGGCCGGAAUCAAAGGGAUGCUAAUCGCUAACAAGAGGCAGGACAACCAGGUGAAGACCUACAUCACAUACAACAAAGGCCGGGACUGGAGGCUCCUGCAGGCUCCCGCCACCGACCUCGACGGGAACGACAUUCACUGCAUCCUGCCUUUUUGUUCCCUUCAUCUGCAACUGCACGGCUCCGAGAAUCCUUACGUGUCUGGAGCGAUCUCCAGUAAGAGCUCAGUGCCUGGUAUCAUCGUCGCUACAGGAAAUAUCGGACCGGAGCUCUCCUACAACAACGUCGGCAUGUUCAUCACAUCAGACGCAGGAAACAGCUGGAGGCCGAUUUUUGAAGAGGAGCACAACAUCUGGUUCUUGGACAAAGGCGGAGCUCUUGUUGCUGUGAAGCAGCCGUCUGUUUCAACCAGACAUCUGUGGGUCAGCUUUGACGAGGGGAGGCAGUGGACCCAGCACAGUUUCUCCUCCGUGCCGUUGUUCGUGGACGGAGUUCUGGUGGAGGCUGGAGCUCAAAACCAAAUUAUGACCUUUUUUGGGCACUUCAGUCACCGCUCUGAGUGGCAGCUCAUCAAGAUAGACUACAAGUCCAUCUUCAGCAGGAAGUGCACGGAGGAGGACUACCAAACAUGGCACUUGCACAACCAGGGCGAGCCGUGUGUGAUGGGUCAAAAGCAGAUUUUCAUGAAACGCAGGCCAGGAAACUACUGCAUGCUGGGAAAGGACUACUCCAGAAUCCUCUCAGCUGAGUCCUGCAUUUGCCGAGCUCAUGACUUUGAGUGCGAUUACGGCUACGAGAGGCGCAGCGAUGGAAACUGCCGAGCGUCCUUCUGGUUCAACCCCUCCACCGUGUCCAGAAGCUGCAGCCAGGGUCAGAACUACUUCAACAGCACAGGGUACCGUAAAGUGGUGUUGAACAACUGCACUAAAGGAGUUAAAGACAUGUACAGCGCCAGAAAGCAGCAGUGUCCCAACAGACCUCCGAAAGGACUCGUGCUGACUAGCAAAGACGGGAAGCUCACCGCCAGCAUGGGCAGUAACGUCACCUUCCUCGUGCGUCUGGAUGAGGGCGACUCCAUGCGGACCAACAUCCAGCUGGAAUUCGGCGAUGGCACGGCCGUCUCGUACUCCAACCUGAGCUGGACCGAGGAGGGAAUCAAACACAUCUACAAGUCCGCAGGAAUAUUUCGUGUCACGGCGCUGGCAGAGAACACACUGGGCUAUGACACUACCACGCUGUUCCUGCAUGUCACCUGUCCGGUGGAGCACGUCCAGCUUCUCGCUCCCUUUGUGAUCAUUAGAAACAAGGAGGUGAACAUCAGCGCGGUGGUCCUUCCCAGCCAAUCACGCACCGUCACCUACUUCUGGUGGCUUGGCAACAACACAGAGCCGGUGAUAACGCUGGAUGGGAGCAUUUCACACACCUUCACGAGCGAGGGCGUUCACACCAUCACCGUCCAAGUGUCCGCCGGCAGCAGCAUCCUGCAGGAUACCAGGAGCCUGGUGGUGAAGGAAUUCUUCAAAUCUCUACUUUUAUCUUUCUCCCCGAAUCUGGACGAGUUCAACCCCGACAUUCCCGAGUGGAGGCAGGAUGUGGGGAGAGUAAUUAAGAAGGCUCUUCUUCGAGUGUCCGACUUCCCCGAGGAGCACCUUCUGGUCGCCGUGUUUCCAGGAGUUCCAACAGCUGCAGAGCUCUUCCUGGUACCCAACAAGAACCAAUCAGAUGACAGGAAAAAGUGUGAGGAAGAGCUGGAGAAGGCCUCCAGCGUCAUCGUGACGGCCCUGAACCAGAACCUGGUGGAGUUUGAGCUGAAACCCGGAGUCAGAGUCAUUGUGUAUAACACACAGUUAACACUGGCGCCGCUGGUGGACUCCAGCCCCAGACACAGCAGCUCGGCGAUGCUCAUGCUCCUCUCCGUGGUGUUCCUGGGCCUGGCCGUCUUCCUGAUCUACAAAUUUAAAAGAAAAAUCCCUUGGAUCAACAUUUACGCUGAAGUGAACCAGGAGAAGGAGCAGGAGAUGAUUGGCUCGGUGGGUCAGAGCGACAGCACGCCGAAAAUCACUCUGAGCGAGUUCACCACAUCCAAAGAACUCAUGGAGAAGGAGCUGGAUGCCAGGGUCAAGAGAGGAGUCGGGAACGCCUGCGAGAGCACAAGGGAGAUUCCUAACUGUACUAGCGUGUAGAGGCGUCAGGGCCAAGUGUGACGGUUGAUCGGGGUCUUCUCUGUCUCUCUCUCUCUCCGUUUUGUAUUUACAAACACAACUGAUGUUAAUAGUUUUCUAAAAGACCUGGUUUCUACAGACUGGCGUGGACGUUUGUGUCGACGACGUCUGCAGCAGCAUUUUCCUCGAGUUCUCUGUAAUUACUGACGAAGCAGUUCCGGUUCUGUGGAUGUAAAAGCUGCUUUCAUUCGCUGAGGGAAGAGUUCUGUAAGUUCCUGAGAAGUUUGCUUUGAAAAUCAUUUCUGCCUACAUGUAGACAAUAACGCCUGAGUCUUCAAACAGGGAAUAUUAUCAAAUGUAUUAUAUUAUCUUUCAUUCAGUUAAUUGUAAAUAUUCUUCCUUUCUACAUGCUUGUAGUCUCAGAGCCACGGCGCCGGGGUCGGAUCCGGUGUGUUUUUGGAAGUGUGUUAAAAAGUGAGGCAAUGGCAAACGUUUGCUUUGCUGAGCUCUAUGACGUGCAUGUUGUUACCGAGGACAGUUUCUGUGUUGUAGAUAAGCAAGUGUUGUAAAUAGUCCUUUUCUAAAUAUUCGUCCAAAUGAGUCCUGUCAGUUCUGCCCCGGUUCUGUUUAGCUUACCAAGGAGCGUUAGAGGCGCGAUGGAGGGGAGAGAAAAAAUAAAAAACAGGGACAUGUGGUGAAGAAUAAAGUCAAAGAGAGGAAAUGCUCCAAAAUAAAGGCAAUAACAUCCACACAAAACAUUCUAAUGAAAUAUGAGCUAUUUUAAAGGUGCAAAAUGUAAGAAUGAAGUAAGAGUGACAUCUUGUGGUCAAACAUGGGUACUGCAGUCCACUUUUCUAAACAAAAAGUCAGCAUCUCGCUACCAUUCCAUGAGUUCCAUGGCUGUUGCCAGUUAUGGAUCAGCACCAGUAAGUUGAUAACUAAAUAAAGACGUUGUUGUAGCUGGUGUUUGCACUCUAAAGCCUGAUUUAUGCUUCUCCGUCAGCUCCGCAAGGGACAGACACGCACGGAUUGACGGAAGCGUUUUGCUCUCAUACUUCUCCGUCUCCUGGAGAGUGUUGCAAAGCAAUUGCCCGGCAGGACCACAGAGGGCGUAGCGCUGUUCUGUGGUAUCCUGUCAUGUAUCGGUCCAAGAUCGUGUGUUUAUAUUGUGUUUUUGUGUAUAUAAGAGACUUUUAACACGGACAUAUUUGUCUCUCAUUCUCCUCCAUCUAUUCAUGCGCUCCCCACCUCUAAACCUACGUUUCCUAUCAUUUCCGUCCACAAAUAAAACUCUUUCUGUGCAUCUUUUCACUCCUCCAGUCACGGGAGGAUGAAACGUUCAUAUUUUUAGAGUUUUUUCGCGAGGUAUUCUUCAAGCUUCUCCGUGUCUGCCACUAGUUAUCCUCGGCUCUCUUUGCAAUGGCGGCGCUGUAAACAACAGCGGCGUCCUGACCAAUCACAAGCUUGCGUAAUCCGUCUCGUUCGACGGAUGUUUAAAAAAGUGGGCUCGACUCCGUACGUACUUGCGUGCCUGCCGGAGCCCUACGCAAGGACGGAUAAUGGCGUUGCGUGUCUCCGCACUGACGCAGACGGAGAAGCAUAAAUCAGGCUUAACAUGCUUCAUGGUAGGGAGUACGUUCUACACUUAUUACGGUUCUAUGCUAUUUUUGGGGUUUUCCAUUAUGCUGCUAGCUUGCUGAGCCGACUAUUUGCUUCUGAUUCACCAUUAGCAUUGUUAUCUCAAAGUUAGCCUCUAAUGAUAUUAGAGUAAAACAAAAAGAUGCUGUUGCUUCUUAUGGGUACAAGACAUAACUUCUGGGUCACUCCUGUUUACUGGCUUUAGCUUUUUAAACAAGUCUGGAGCUUUUUCCCUGUCAUUUCACAGUAAAAUUCUUACAUUUUGCUCCUGUAAAUCUAUCUGUUGUUCGGCUAUUUCCUUAGCAGCGUCCACAUCAGAACUUACGACUUCCUUUAGUCCUCCACAAUAAGAGUUUCUAAUUACAUAAUUGAAUCUGAAUCUUAAAGUAGUUUAUCAUCAGAAACCGGAUGUAUUACCUAUUUAAUGAGCUGCAUGUUUGAGACUCUUACUGUGAAGGAUUCAAGGAAGUUCCGAGAUCUUCUGUAAAUGCUGACCUGGAGAUAGCUCCGGAUAUGAAUACUGACACUACUGUGUCGACUGUUUUCCCAGAUUUUCAGGUGUUCUUGUUUUUUUGUUGGUUUCUUUUUAGUUUUGUUUGAUGCGACUCCUCCAUCUGAGCCUCUUCCAUUACUGACGGGUGAAAAUGAGAAGAGAUAAACUAUUCAGAGAUCAGACUAGAAUGACACGAAUAGGACCAAUAUGAGAACGAUCAUGUUUAUAUUAAUAUAUUUUCAGUAGAAAUGUUCUCUAGAUAACCAGACAGACGAGACGACCUUUGAACCUAACCUUAACAGCUACUGAAAUCAUCGCAUUACGUUUUGCCUCUGAAGGUUCUGAUCCAAACUCGGAGCGAUAGACGGAAAUGCGUGGCAACUGGUUCAAAGUCUUCACACGACAAAUCCAACCCAUCACAGAAGAAUGUAGACAUUUAAAGUUAUUGUUUUGGUUGUUUUGCGCCAUCCGUGUUUAUCCUCGAAUAUAAGCUUACUGUUGGAUUCUGACAGUUGGUGCAUUUUUACGUGCAUGUAAUGUGCAGGUAAUAUGUUGUUUUUGCCGUCAUUUUUAUUUACACAGGAAUACCGUAAUGCAUCGCUAAUCCAAAGGACAAAUGAUGGGCAGCAACCCAGACUGCAGGUUACAGUUUGUCCUGUUAAAAUACAUUUCACCAGUUUAUAUUUUCAAAACCUCAAGUAAUAAAUGAAAAGUGUUUAAUACAAAAUCACACAGAAAAUAUACGGGAGCAAGAAAAAUGCAAUGACUGUCGUGUUAGCGUUUUUAAAAGCCUGUAAUUAGUGUAGAGAGAAAAUGAGCUGAGAGGCAACAUUUUACUGGUGAUUUUUCUAAAAAUAAUAAAGAUGCAUUUAAUGCGUCUGAAAUUAAAUCGCUACAUUCCUGCUCCUUAUUUAUUUAUUUAAGAAGAAUGCCCACUUUUAUUAUUUCUGGAACAUUCUCGUAAUAUUCAGUAAAUGUGAUUAUUUGGGAGUUUUCAGGGUUUUCAGUGUUUUAUGUUUAAGCUGUGACGAACCAGCAUUAAGCUCAGAGAGGAUUUACUGGAUGUUGCUUUGCUUUGAAAUCCUGUUUUAUUAUUUUAAAUGGAACAAUUCAUACAUCUACAUGUAAACGUGUUUCCGUUCUCCAGAGAAAACCAAACAGAAGCAGGUAUCUCACUAUGUUGUGACUGUUGGCGACAUUCCCAAAUUAGUUAACAAAAUGUCUCAAAUUGGAUUCUCAAAUUCCUUCAGAAAACUCAAGGAGUCUCUGGAAUUUUACAGUUACUGGAAAACAAUGUUGUGGGGUGUCUGGAUCCCAGUUUAGUUUCCUGACUGCGUCACAAAUCUACGGACGUCUUUGGGAGGGUUUGGAGACAAAAGACGGACUAGAAUGAGACGUACUUCAGACAGAUUUUCAAUAAAUAGAAAAGAAAAAAGCAUAACUCUGUGUGACCAGGCCUUUAAAUGGUUGUUACCAAAGUAUUCAAAUGCAUUUGGAGAUUCCAAUGGAAAAUGUAUUUAUUGAUUCAUUUAUUUUUAUGUCACCAACAAUCUCAGCCCAGCCAUGUUUGUUUGUUUUUCUGGGUGCGCUAUGCUUUAGUUUGUUGCAGUCUGCACCUUUACCACUAGGUGUCAUUAAAGCCUUUAUCCUGCUUUUCAAGCACAAAACAACUGCAUUUAUUUACCUUAAACUAUAAAAACCUUUUAAUCUUCAUUUUUAUUUGUGAACCUCCUGAUAAAAAUCAUUCUUUCUUCCUAUCUGACUCCUGUUCUAGUUGUUAGAGUUUCCUCAAAAACAAAUUAGUCCCCAAAAUCUGACUGGAGACAUUUGGUGUUGAGUCAGGAUGCUCCAAACGGAGCAGAGCAGUGGGUUUGAUGUCAUUAACGCAGUCCUCCUGCUGCCUGAGCCUCCAUUUACAACCAAACACUCCGCUCUCGGCUCUGCGGGUCAUUUGCAGAGAGCCAGAAUUGUUUUCCCAGUAUGCAACUUCCCACCAGCACCGCGUUUCCCAGCUCUACAUACGCCAAGUGGCCUUGAAUUGACUCGCGUCGGCUUCCCGUAGCCAGCUCGACAGUAAUGAGAGGAAGAGCUGUACAGCUAAGGCGUGCACAGCUUUCCCACAAUGCUGGGCUCAAGUAAACAUUUGUUGCGGAAGACGUGAGAUGGGAAAGGGAGCUGCUCACAAAGGUAGAGGCUGUCACAUCACAUAUGCAUCACCAGGAGCAGAGCUCUCAUCUCAGACCAAACAGCCGAGGCAGUCCUGGUUUCUGCACACACAACACUCUGAGCAGAGAUUAUUUCCAUCGUCUCCGUAUUCGUGUCAGAGCCAGGGUUAUUUGUUUGGCUGGGUUUCGUUCUGGUGGCAGCUUUGAUCCGACUGAAUUUCGAUCAUCAAAAUAAAAUAAAGAAAAUCGCAAAAAGAAGAAUCUCAAAAUGUUUUGGCAUCUUAGUUUCAGAUGUCAGUGUUUUUUUUAGUUUUUUUCUUCUUUCUUUGCUCUCUGACCCGUUGAAUGUGGAAAAAAAAAAUCUGACAAAUUGACUGAAAUUGAGCUUUACGUAAAAAGUAAAGAUACAAACUACGUGUUAUCUGUGAAGACUCAUGCCCACAGCUUUGAUCACUGGAAACUUCUCCUCUCAGAUACAUGAAAUGCCACUUGAUAGAUGAUCUCUGGAGAAAUCCAACAGAAGAGAUCUGCUGCUCUAAAGAUUUAUUCAGAAGGCAAAAGCAUUGUGAUGUUCUUCAGUGCACAACAAGCUAUGAUGCAUGCAUCAUCAGUGAUGUUCUGUUUCAUCGUUAUUUUAAUAUUUCUAUGGUAAGGAAACUGUCAUUUUGAAAUUGUUUCAAAUAAAUGUAUUUUUGUACAUCA